AAUUAUAUUGCUAAUUAUAUUAAACAAGGAUAAUUUAAUUUUCUCACAAAAAGAUGGAUUAAGCUUUUAAGUAGAACUUAUGGAAGUUAAUAUAUUUAGAGAUUAAUAUGGUUACUCCAAUAAUCAUUAUGUGCAUCAGUUUGAUUUACUUUGAUAUGUACACUUUGACCAUCUUUCUCUACAAUUCGAUUUGUUUAGUUAUAAUGCCUGCAAUUUACAUUAAAUUUAUUUUGAAAGAUCCAAAGAAAAAAGAGCUUUCAUACUACUUUAGAAACAGAUUGGAAAACCCAAAAAAGUAGAUGAUAGUUGGCUUUAUUCUUUUUUCUGUCAUAUAUGCUGCAAUUGUUAUUAAUUAUGAUAUCUGUGAGAAUUAUUUUAAAAAGGAGAUAAUUGAUGAAAUACAUGUUAAUUUUGAUAAAAAAAUUUUAAACUUUGUUGUAUUGGUCAUCAUUUUUGGAUUUUGCAAUCCUUUUUUAGAAGAAUGGUACUGGAGAAACUUUAUCCCUCAAGCUAUUUUUGAUCUCUUAAAUCAUAGCUAUAAUAACGAAAAUGAAAAUUAGGAUGACAGAUUGGAGUAAGGCAGCGGAGAAUUCCAUAACUUUUAAGAUAAUGACUUAGAAAAUAGAAUUAAUGAUUAGUAUAACUCUUAACUCGAAUAUAAUGUAGAAAGUAAUAGACCAACAAAUAAACUUUCAAAUAAGAAUGUAGAAAUCUUUCAACUUCUUUAUGCCUUGCACUAUUCAAGUUAUCACUUCUUUGUUGUCAUGCACAUCACUAAUCCCUACUUUGCCAUAGCAGGUACUCUUGUAGUAUGGAUAGCAGGUAGAGUAUUCUUAUUGAUUAACAAUAAAGUAGGUUUCAUAGCAAAUGGACUUGCUCAUAUGGGAGCUGACGUUGGGUUUUGCACUCUUGCUCUAGUAAUUUUCUAUAAUAAUAAAAUAUUAUGAAAUGUUUUUGAAAAAAUAAAAAUAUAAAAGACUCUUUUUAAAACAACAAUAAAAAAUAUUAUCAAAACUUAAUUAAUUAAUAUCUCAUUUAUUGAUCAUUUAAACUCUACCAUUUUUUGUUAUUCUUUGUAAUUUUUAUUCAAUUACCUCUUAAAAUAAUAAAAUCCACUCAAGUCAAUU